AUGUUCAAGCGAGUGGCAAAGGCCACCAGCAAGAAGGCUGACGCCGUCGAGAUCAAGCAUGCUACCGGAGACGACACCGCCAUCGGUAUCGACAGGCUAGUCGACGAAUCUUCAAGUUCUGAAGGCGAAAGUGACGACGAAGAUGACGACGAUGACAGCGAUGUUGAGAAUGAAGACGAGGACGGUGAAGAGGAUGAGGGUGAGGGUGGCUCAGAAUCAGACGAUGAGGGUCCAGAUGACGCCUCAAAAGCUGGCACAAAGCGCAAGCGAUCCAAGAAGGACGAUGAAGCCGAAAAGGUGUCAAAGGAAGAGGAAGCUGCCGCCCAAGUCUCGAUAGAAGAUGCCAUUCAAGACCCCAUCUACGUACCCACAGAAGGCGAGAAGAAACACGGUGUUUUUGCCUCGCGCUGUAUUGUCUGCGAAGCUGCUGUUCUCAAGACGCCUCACCUCGUCACAGCACAUCUUGAGGGAAAGGCACACAAACGUCGCUUGGAACGUUUCCAGAAGUACGUGCAGGAGCAACUCUUGGAGACACAACGCAAGAACCUGGAUGCCAGAGAUGCUGUUGAUCAGAUGGAUGCUUGGAGGAAAAAGCAAGAAGAGCUCGAGAAGAAAAAGCUUGCGGCAGCACCACCAAGCAAGCGUGCUUUGACAAAGAAGCAGAAAGCUGCCGAGUUCCGACAGAAGAAGAAGGAGAAGGCGCUGAAGAGAAAGGCUCUGAAGGAGGCCAAUAGUGACAGCAAAGCCGAUGAGUCCUCAAACAAGGCGAAGAAGGUUGCUAGUCCAGAGAAGAAGGCAGAGGUCGCCAGCCCCGAAAAGAAGGUAAGAAGCCCUACAAAGAAGGCAAGAAGCCCUACAAAGAAAGCCAAGACUGCUUCAACAUAG